UCCGUCUUCCAACUCUUUCUCAAACUGUAUGUAAUUGCACGCCUUCUGCAGCUAGGGGCGUCCUUUGAAGGACCAGUUGCAAAAAAAAAAAAAAAGAAAGAAAGAGACUGGGAACUGAGUAGUCAUCCCUUUUGAUCAAGGCGGCCGAAUUGCUAAGAUUUUGAUUCAAGCGUGCCAAAUUUCGAGGAUUCUCGAGCUGUUUUUGAAGACGUUUUACUGGCCUAGUGUUGCAUAUUGUGCGCACUUGGGAUCAGAAUGGAGAUAGGACCGAGCGGUAGUUUAAGAGGUAGUUUAAGAGCUAACAGCUCAGCCUUGUGGAGGAAUACAGGCCUGGAAGUGUUUUCACGUUCAUCGCGAGACGAAGAUGAUGAAGAAGCUCUGAAAUGGGCUUCCCUUGAAAAGCUACCAACCUUUGAUAGACUGAGAAAAGGGCUGCUCUUUGGGUCGCGAGGUGAAGUCAAUGAAGUGGAUGUAGAGAACUUUGGAUUUCAAGAUAGAAAAACUCUCAUUGAGAGGCUCAUCAAGGUUGCCGAAGAGGAUAAUGAGAAAUUCUUGCUGAAACUGAGGAACAGAAUUGAUAGAGUUGGAAUCGAUUUGCCUACAAUUGAAGUAAGAUUUGAGCAUCUAAAAGUUGACGCAGAAGCUUAUGUUGGAAGUAGUGCUCUGCCUACCUUCCUUAACUUCGCUACCAAUAUGAUAGAGGGGCUCUUGAACAAUCUUCACAUACUUCCAAGCAGAAAGAAGAAUAUUAAAAUACUUCGCGAUGUCAGUGGAAUUAUCAAGCCUUCAAGAAUGACAUUACUAUUAGGUCCUCCAGGGUCUGGAAAGACAACACUUUUGAUGGCUUUGGCUGGAAAGCUUGACCCCGAUUUGAAGUUUUCUGGAAGUAUUACUUACAAUGGGCAUGGCAUGAAUGAAUUUGUACCCCAAAGAACUGCAGCAUAUGUUAGUCAACAUGAUCUCCAUAUUGGAGAAAUGACUGUGAGAGAAACUCUAGCAUUUUCUGCCAGAUGCCAAGGAGUUGGAUCUCGUUAUGAGAUGUUGGCGGAGUUGUCAAGAAGAGAAAAAGCAGCAAACAUUAAGCCUGAUCCCGAUAUUGAUAUAUACAUGAAGUCUGCGGCUACUGAAGGCCAAGAAGCAACUGUUGUCACAGAUUAUGUUCUUCGGAUUUUGGGACUGGAAAUUUGCGCAGACACUCUGGUAGGAGAUGAAAUGCUAAGAGGAAUCUCUGGAGGACAAAAGAAGCGCGUGACAACAGGUGAAAUGCUUGUUGGACCGACAAAUGCGCUAUUCAUGGAUGAGAUAUCAACUGGAUUAGAUAGUUCCACUACUUUCCAGAUUGUGAAUUCCCUCAGACAAUAUGUGCAUAUUAUGAAGGGAACUGCAUUCAUUUCACUCCUGCAGCCGGCUCCUGAGACAUAUGACCUCUUCGAUGAUAUUGUCCUCUUAUCCGAUGGCCUGAUUGUUUACCAGGGCCCCCGAGAAAAUGUUCUUGAAUUUUUUCAAUCUAUGGGUUUCCGAUGCCCGGACAGAAAAGGAGUUGCUGACUUCUUGCAAGAAGUUACAUCAAAGAAAGAUCAGCAGCAGUACUGGGCACGUAGAGACGAACCCUACAGAUAUAUAGCCGCAACUGAAUUUGCCGAGUCAUUCCAAUCAUUCCAUGUUGGAAGGACACUAGCAAAUGAACUUGCAACACCGUUUGAUAAGAGCAAAAGUCAUCCAGCCGCUUUGACUACCCAAACCUAUGGUGUUAACAAUAAAGAGAUUUUUAAAGCCAACUCCGCUAGAGAACUCUUGCUUAUAAAGAGAAACUCCUUUAUCUACAUUUUCAAAAUGUCUCAGCUAAUCAUGAUGGCCCUAAUCGGAAUGACAGUGUUCUUUAGGACUAAAAUGCCAAGAAGAGAUGUUGUUGAUGGAGGAAUAUAUCUUGGUGCUCUAUUUUUCGCGGUUGUUCAGGUCAUGUUUAAUGGAAUGUCCGAACUGGCGAUGACAAUUCUCAAGCUUCCGGUCUUCUUCAAGCAAAGGGACUUCCGGUUUUUCCCUGCAUGGUCAUAUGCUCUGCCCACAUGGAUUCUCAAGAUACCAAUCACUUUUCUUGAAGUUGCCGUUUGGGUAGUUAUGACCUACUAUGUCAUUGGAUUUGAUCCAAGCCCUGCAAGGUUUUUCAAACACUACCUCAUACUAGUCGCUAUAAAUCAGGUAGCAUCAGCAUUGUUUAGAUUCAUUGGGGCAGCUUCCAGGAACAUGAUUGUGGCUAACACAUUUGGGACAUUCGCAUUGAUGCUGCUUUUUGCAUUGGGUGGAUUUGUCUUAUCAAGAGACCAAGUGAAGAAAUGGUGGUUGUGGGGUUACUGGUCCUCACCAUUGAUGUAUGCACAGAAUGCAAUUCUUGUUAACGAAUUUACGGGAAAGCACUGGAGACAAAUUGUGCCAAAUACAACUGAAACAUUGGGAACUCAAGUCUUGAAAUCGAAAGGAUUCUUCCCUCAAUCAUACUGGUACUGGAUCGGACUUGGAGCGUGUGGUGGAUUCAUUCUCCUGUUAAAUUUCUUCUAUACCCUCGCUCUCACUUAUCUUCAGCCAAUCGGGAAGCCUCAAGCUGUUCUACCAGAAGAAAGUGAAAACACUGAAAAUUCUGGCCAAAGAGAUGGCUCCGUAGAUGCCAUCACUGAGUCCAAUGAGAAUCAGAGAAGAGGAAUGAUUCUUCCAUUUGAACCGCAUUCAAUUACCUUUGAUGACAUAAGAUACUCAGUUGACAUGCCACAGGCAAUGAAAGAUCAGGGUACUGUUGAAGAUAAACUCAUGCUUCUCAAGGGGAUUAGUGGAGCGUUUAGGCCUGGUGUUCUAACUGCUUUAAUGGGUGUUAGUGGAGCCGGUAAAACAACUUUGAUGGAUGUGCUGGCUGGUAGAAAAACUGGCGGAUAUAUUGAAGGAAACGUUACAAUCUCUGGGUAUCCAAAGAAUCAGGAGACCUUUGCUCGGAUAUCUGGAUACUGCGAGCAGAAUGACAUCCACUCUCCUCACGUUACUGUUUAUGAGUCUCUAGUUUACUCAGCUUGGCUGCGUCUGCCCGCAGAAGUUGAUGCAAAAACCAGAAUGAUGUUCGUUGAUGAAGUUAUGGAACUUGUGGAACUUACUUCAUUGAGAGAUGGACUUGUGGGGCUGCCAGGGGUUAACGGUCUUUCAACUGAGCAGCGCAAGAGGCUUACCAUUGCCGUUGAACUUGUGGCUAACCCCUCAAUCAUAUUCAUGGACGAGCCAACUUCAGGUCUUGACGCAAGAGCUGCUGCAAUUGUGAUGAGAACUGUGAGAAAUACUGUAGACACUGGAAGAACUGUAGUAUGCACCAUUCAUCAGCCAAGCAUUGACAUAUUUGAAGCUUUUGAUGAGUUAUUCCUUCUGAAGCGAGGGGGCCAAGAAAUAUAUGUCGGGCCGCUUGGCCACAAUUCCAUCGAAUUAAUUAAGUACUUUGAGGCAAUUCAUGGAGUCAGCAAAAUCAAAGAUGGUUGCAACCCAGCAACCUGGAUGUUGGAAGUUACUGCUUCAGCACAAGAACUUAUGUUGGGAGUCGAUUUUGCUGAGAUCUAUAAAAACUCUGAUUUAUACAGGAGGAACAAAGCACUCAUUCAUGAAUUAGAUAGCCCGCGCCCUGGUACAAAAGACCUCUACUUCCCUACCAAGUACUCUCAGGCGUUCCCUGUGCAAUGCAUGGCUUGCUUCUGGAAACAACGCAUAUCAUACUGGCGCAAUCCACCUUAUACAGCCGUGAGAUUUUUAUUCACCUCCUUCAUUGCUCUGUCAUUUGGGACAAUCUUCUGGAAGCUGGGUAAAAGAAAGGACACUACACAAGAUCUUUUCAAUGCCAUGGGUUCAAUGUAUGCUGCUGUUCUCUUCCUGGGGGUGCAAAACUCCUCAGCAGUGCAACCUGUGGUGGCUAUAGAACGGACGGUAUUCUACAGAGAGAGAGCAGCCGGAAUGUAUUCUGCCUUGCCAUAUGCUUUUGCACAGGUUGGAAUUGAGAUUUUAUACAUCCUUAAACAAGCUGUAUUCUAUUCUGUCAUUACCUACGCUAUGAUUGGAUUUGAAUGGACCGCCUCGAAAUUCCUUUGGUACUUGUUCCUCAUGUACUUCACAUUACUGUACUUCACCUUCUAUGGCAUGAUGGUUGUGUCUGUCACUCCCAAUCACAACAUUUCUGCCGUCGUCGCAUCUGCCUUUUAUGCUGGAUGGAAUCUCUUUUCUGGAUUCCUCAUCCCCCGACCGAGGAUUCCUAUUUGGUGGAGAUGGUAUUACUGGGGAUGUCCCGUGGCUUGGACCUUGUAUGGCCUGUUUGUAUCCCAAUGGGGAGAUCUGUCUGAUCGUCUUGAAGACAACGGCGAAUUAAUUAAAGAUUACCUGAGACAUUACUUUGGAUUCAAACAUGACUUUCUUCCAGUUGUUGCUGGUGUAGUUGUCGGAUUGCCGGUAAUUUUUGCCUUCAUAUUUGCCUACGCCAUUAAAACUUUCAACUUCCAGAGGAGAUAAAAGACGCAGUCAUAACAACAUUGCGGAAGCGAAGCUGCGUUUAUCAUCAUUCAUCUCCUGAGCAAGGCACUUGGAAGCAUAAAAAAUGUUUGUGUAUAGAUUUGCUUGAAUGCUCAAUCCUCAAUGUAAAAAGGGCUGGGCAUUUUGAAGCAUUAUCCACUCCACUCCACUCCACUCCACUCCACUCGGUGGAUAUAUAGAUAUAUAGAGAGAGAGUGUGUGAUAUAUGUUAUUCAUUUAUUUGUAAACAAUCAAGCUUAGUUUAAAGUAAUAAUGAAUAGUAGUCAGCAAUUUUGCAUAAAAGCUUUGUUU